CCCUUCUUCAAACACGUAAACUGUAGGAGUGUUGUUGGACAACUUUUAAUUAAAAAAUUUUUCUAAAUUUAUAAUACUUUAUUUUUUAUUUUGCAUAUACUGCAGUGGACUUUGACAAAAAGUUUUCUAUUUUGUUGGGUGUUUGUUUUUUCUUUCCAUUUAAGCUUAAACAAUUUUAUCUGUGGGUAGGACGCCAUUAGCGACGUUUCCUUUGCGAAUUGUUUUGCUGCUGUUAAUAAAAUUGGUCGUACUUACUAUUUUAUUAAUAAAAUUGCAAUACUACAUUGCAAAUCGAACGAAAGUAGGUGAAAAUUAUGUCGGAUACCGAAGAAACUAAAGAAGUGCGGAAGACUCGUUCUGGUAGGACUUUACGCACUCACGCAAGUCCUCAAAAAAAAGUAAAACCAGGGCCAGCAAGUAGAAAGCUUAAAAAGAAAGUAGUUGUGGUCGAACUUGAAGUUACAGAUGAAGAAGAUAAUGAUGAAGUUGCAUAUGAUGAACCCCGUGAAAAGAAAGCAAAGUUAGAUGAUGACGUACAAGAAGAGAAGUUACUGCAAUCUGAGGAAGAAACCUUUAGUCAAGAAAUAGAAAGUGAAACAAAUGAGAGAAAGGAUAAUGAAAUGGAAAAUAAUUUGGUGCUAAAUGAUAUUGAAAUGCUUGAAGAGGAUUUGCUAAACACAGAUGAAAAUGUUAGUGCAGAAACACAGAGUGUUAAUAAGAAUGAAGAAAAUGGUGCAUCUACCGAAACAAUAUCUGACAAUUGUAAUGAAACUGAUUCUCAAGGUUAUGCUGACAACAGCAAUGGUCUAAGAGUAAGGAAUAUCAAUAACUUAAUAGAAAAUUCCAAUUUAGAAAAUGAUGACUUAAAUGAAAUGGAACAAAUUGAAGAUGUUGAGGAAUUAAAGGAAGGAAAAAGUAUUGAAGAUCCAAUCAUUACAGACAUUACAGAAACAGAAGAACAACUUGAAUCGGCGAAAUUGGAAGACAACAAAAAAUCUACAGAAAAGGACAAUGCACUUACCUUAUCCAAUACAGUUGAAAAAGAUGAGUCUAUUGAAAAAGGAAAAGAACAGAAUGGAGAUCCAGAAGCUGAAAAUAUUUCUGAUGAAGAAUUACCUAGUGUGCCUGUUGCUAAGGUGCCAGAAGCAGAGGAAGUUUCAGAUGAAGAAUUACCUGGUCCUAAGAGGGCUGAGCUACCAGCUGAUACUGAAGUUGUGUCUGAAGACGAACUCCCUACAAGUAAAAAGGAAGACGAUGGUCUUAAAAUUGAAACUAAAAAGCGCAAAGUCAGUGAUGGAGACUACGAUCCAACUUCUCCAACAUCCGAAAAUGAGACGCCUCCUAAAAGGAUGUCUGUAGACAAAGAUGAUAAAUCCAAGGAAAGUAAUGAAUUUGAUUUUGCUAAACCUACUAAAACGAAAAAGUUGCCAGAACUUGAUAAGUACUGGAAAGCAGUGAAUGAUGAUCCGACAGAUUUUACAGGUUGGACUUACUUGCUGCAAUAUGUUGAUCAAGAGAAUGAUAUGGAAGCAGCUCGUGAAGCCUAUGAUGCAUUCCUUUCACACUAUCCAUACUGUUACGGUUACUGGCGCAAAUAUGCAGAUUAUGAAAAAAGAAAGGGCAACAAAAAAAAGUGUGAGGAGGUGUUUGAGAGAGGUCUUAAAGCCAUUCCAUUGUCAGUCGAUUUAUGGAUCCAUUAUUUAACACAUGUUAAAACAACACGCAGUGAUGACGAAGAGUACAUAAGAUCCCAGUUUGAAAGAGCACUCACAGCUUGUGGUUUGGAAUUUAGAUCGGACCGCUUGUGGGACUCCUAUAUUAAAUGGGAAACAGAAGCGAAAAGAUUGCAAAGAGUUACAGCAAUUUAUGACAGGCUGUUAGCUACCCCUACACAAGGUUAUACUACACACUUUGACAAUUUUCAAGAACACAUUUCUUCUAAUCCUCCGAACAAAGUCCUUGAAGUUGACGAGUUUUUGGCUCUGCGUAAAGAAGUUCGCCACAUGUUGAAGCAUGAUGUUUCUGCAGUAGAAAAUGUCGCCGAGAAUGCGGAUGUUCCUCCAGGCGAUGAAGAUUCCAAAUUAAUUAGUUCCGAUGAAGAGACAAAGUGUAUUAGGGAAAGAAUUGUCUCUAUAAGAAGAAAAAUUCAUAAGAACACUGUAAAUGCAGUCACUGCAAGGUGGAAUUUUGAGGAAGGUAUAAAGCGACCUUAUUUCCAUGUUAAACCUCUCGAAAGGUGUCAGUUAAAAAAUUGGCAAGAUUAUCUUGACUAUGAAAUUGAGCAUGGGGACAGAGUAAGGAUCAUUGUCUUGUUCGAAAGAUGUCUCAUUGCCUGUGCUCUAUAUGAAGAGUUCUGGUUAAAAUUUGUGCAUUACCUUGAAUGUCUCAAGGACUCGGAAUUACAAUCCAAAAUUAGAGAUGUGUAUGAAAGAGCUUGUACCAUACAUCAUUUGAAAAAGCCCAAUCUUCAUUUACAGUGGGCGAUAUUUGAAGAGGCGUGCAGCAAUCACAAUCGAGCGGCGGAAAUUUUGGUAAAUUUGGAGAAAUCUGUUCCAAAUGUCUUGCAAGUGGCUUACAGAAGAAUCAACUUGGAACGCCGUCGUGCCGAUCACGAAAAGUGUGCACAACUCUUUGAGCAUUAUAUGAAUAACUCCAAAAACAAAAUGAUAUCAAGUAAUAUCUCCAUCAAGUAUUCAAGAUUUUGUUUGAAAGUUUUAAAGGAAGUUUCAAAAGCACAGGAGGUAUUGAGGUCGGCUAUUAACAAGGAUCCCAAUAAUCCGAGAUUAUAUCUGCAAUUGAUUGAUCUCGUUUUACAAAAGGAAGAUGUGACGGAAGAGGAGGUUUGCACUAUUAUGGAUGAGUUUUUGGAAAAGGAGACUGCAGAUGCCGAGCAAAAGGUACUGUUUGCCCAAAGAAAAUUGGAAUAUUUAGAAGAUUUCGGCUCUAGUGUUCAAUUAGUGCAAAAUGCGCAGGAGCAAUAUCAAAAGCUACUUAAGAUUAGUAAGGAAACUUCCAAGAAAAAGGAGUCCAAGAGUGAGAGUUCGGCUUCUUCAAAGAAAGAAAAAAUCACGAAUUCGUCUUCGUCACAGUCAAGUUCAUACAGUAAUUACAAUUACAGUAGUUCAUCAAAUCAACAGACGUACCCAUACUCCAGCUCACAACAAGGUCAAUAUAACUACUCACAAUACGGUCAAGGUGAUCAGUAUCAGUAUCAAAACUGGCAAUAUCCUCAAGGUGGAUAUGGUGGAUACAAUCAGUGGGGUGGAUAUGGAGGAGGCUAUGGCUAUUAAACUGUUUCCCGACACUUUGAAAAAGAGUAAUUUUUGUAUUUGGAAAUCACUUGCUAGAAGUAAUUUAAUGAUUGAAAAUGUUUCAUAUAAAGCUGUAGACCAUUUUUGAAAUUGUCUAUGUUAGUUUUAGAGUUUCUAAAUAGUUUUAAAUUGUUCGCUGAGAAAAUAUGAUACUGUAAAUAACAUCCAUAACUUGAUUUUCAAAACUUGUAUUUGUGUUAACAAUACAAUAAAUGUUUAUACAUCA